AUGGGAUACUUCGAUCCCGUGAUCUUACCUGAUCAAUCUCGGAUCAACACGACCGAGAAUGUAUUGCGUGUCGCAGUCAGGAAAUUCCCGCCUUUCGUUACCCUGAGCAAGCAUGGCAGCAAAGUUUCGGUCAACGGGCCGCUCAAGGUGUUCCUCGAAGCCAUGGCAUCUUCGGCUGGAGUCAGAGUGACUGUAUGGCCUGCCGGAGAAAUGAUCCAUGGGGUCCGUCUCGCAAAUGGAACUUUCACGGGGAUAAUGGGUCUGAUUGAGCAGGGGCAAGUCGAUAUGUUCGUGGGGCCAGUGAUAAUGAACGACGAACGCCUCGACUUGGCGGAAGCACUCAUCUUGGACGUAACGAGCUAUCGACUCGUGACUUGGCAACCGUCCAAGUGGGUGGAUCCCUUUCAAUUCAUGACGGCUUUCACGGUCGACGUAUGGUUGCUGAUUCUCUUCAGCAUUCUCUUACUCGCGAUGAUUUGUUGGCUCAUGGAAAGGUUCCUCAUGCGUUCGGAUCAAGGGGCUGGAACUCCCCUGAGAGAUGUCUUGUGGGGCGUGUGUUCGCGCGCCUUGUCUCUAGAUCCCCUCUCUCGAGAUGAGGUUUGGCUCCGGCUUUGUCUUUCCGGAUUCCUGCUGGUGUUCCCCCUCGUUUUGAUGAAUUCCUUGAGCAGCAAACUGAUAUCGGCCAUGACCAUAAAGAAGGACGAGGAUUUCAUCAACAAGUACGAAGAUGUUCUACGAUUCCCAGAGGUCCGGAUAUACAGAUCCGAAAAGCGAGACAUUCCGCAGAUUGAGUCAGAGGCUGAUCCAAACCCGAGGACUAUUUGCGCAUGGGCCCAAGCUACUCGAGAUGAUGUCCGAGGUGGCAGCGAGAAGAAGAGUCAUUACUUGCAAUCCAGAAAUGUGUGA